GACGCAGCAGUCGCCAACUCGCGCCGAGCAAUCCGAGAACAGCUGUAAUUUCGUCGCCAUGCUAGAGCAAUGAAAAUUUGUUAUUGCUCUCCUAGUCCAUGUGCCAAGUCGUGGGUUUGCUGAAAAAACAAGGACUACUUCCGAACUCUCCGUAACGUGGACCAGUGAAUUUAUGCAACGGUCAGUCUGUGGCGGGAGUGAAAAAGGAUGUAAAUAAAUCUUUUGAAAAUAGCGGUUUAUUUCGAAACGCAGUAUAUUUUAAACUUUGGAUUUUCCCGCACUUUGAUCGCCCUGACUCGGCAGAAACAGAGAGGAUUCAGUCAUGUUGCUGAACUGAUUUAUAUCAUUUUGAACAAGGAUGGGUAUAUGGCUACUGCUAUCAGGAAUGUUUCUAAUGUAUUUUGCUAACCUUGCUUCCGGAGACAGCUUGGAGAGAGCUAAACUCUACAUGGAAGCAUGUGCCAAGCAAGAACUUUUUGCUUCUGUGCCACCACUGAAUUUUACAUGUGAAAACAAGAUAGCUGGGGGUUAUUAUGCUGAUAUAGACACUGGCUGUCAUAUUUUCCAUUUAUGUGCUCCGAGCAAUCUUCAAACUCUGACUGAUCACCCAUUCUGUUGCCAUCCUGAAUUAGUGUUUGAUCAGAGGUUCCUUGUCUGUGAUAGACCAGAAAACGUAGACUGCCCAGUUUCACAUCGAUAUUAUAGCGACCAGUUUGAUGGUCCUGUCAAAGUACAGCAACGUGAAAAUGAGGAAUUGCAAGCUAGAAAUAAAGCCAGGCAAUCACGAGGAAGUGAUGAUGAUGGUGAUACAUCGGAAUCGGAAGAAAUACGUGACGAUGACAAAUCUUCCUCGCACUUGUCCAGUCAUGAAAUUUCUGAAACAAGCGAUCAGUUUGUAGAGAAUCCUGGUAAAGCUAUCACACUGCCACCUGCAUUUCGACAGCGCUGAUGAUUCUGCUUGUGUAAUUUAUUUCUUUUCCUUCUCUAGUAUGCAAGUGAUGAAAUGAUUUGAUGAAUGCCUUCAGACUUAAGAAUUUAUGAUUUUAGAUAAUAUCGAAGAAAAGAUUGCAAAUGUUGGUGAUUUUUGUACUUGAUACAUCUCGAACAGAAGUGAUUUGUGAAAUAAGUCAUAAACUGAAACUGACAUUUUCUGCAUCAGUAAGUCUUAAUUUUUGGAUGCAAACUUAACUGUACAGAGACAUGCAUAGACGAACUGAGGAGAGCUUCUGAGAAAUGUGCGGUGCAAAUAUAUGUCGAGUUAUAUAUGUAAUACUAAUUUAAAUAUGACAAAAACUAAAAACAUUCUGGUGCCAAAUAUAUAUAUUAUGAUAUAAAUUAUAGUGAUUGUUUGAAGCUGAGUGUAAUGUUACUAUCAAAAAAAAAAAAAAAAAGGAAUUCUUUCAAUAUUAGUGUAUUUUUAUGCUAUUUUUCAAAAUUUUCUAAAUAACCAAAAUAUUUUCUCGUUAGAGAUUUAGAUUCCACUUUAUGAAUAAAGCUGUUUUAAGCAUAAUUUUAAACCAUAUAUUAGCAGAAAAUAAAAAUAAUGUUUAAUGUUCAAAAUAUUAAAA